GAGCAUGCGCAGUGCGUCUCGGCGGGCCGAAGGGGUUGCAGCGCUCUUUUGUUUGGCGGAGGUGGAGCGAACGCGGGAGGCCCGUUGUCCAACCGUCGCUCUGUUCUGCUUUGAAACGAGACCGGCUCGCUCCGUGCGCCGCUCGCGCCGUCCUUCUCUCUCCCGCCCGUUUGUUUUUAUUUCCCCUCGUGCGUUGUUGGCGGGGCUGAAGAAGCCUCCUUAAAACUGCAAAGCUGGCGAGCACAAUGGGAAAAAAGCAGAACAAGAAGAAAGUGGAGGAGGUCCUAGAAGAGGAGGAGGAGGAGUAUGUGGUGGAGAAGGUCCUUGACCGGAGGGUGGUGAAAGGGAAAGUGGAGUACCUGCUCAAGUGGAAAGGCUUCUCAGACGAAGAUAACACGUGGGAGCCAGAGGAGAACCUCGACUGCCCUGACCUCAUUGCGGAGUUCCUGCAAUCCCAGAAAACGGCACAUGAGAGUGACAAGUCAGAGGGAGGCAAGCGCAAGGCAGAAUCUGAUUCAGAGGAUAGGGGGGAGGAAAGCAGACCAAAGAAAAAGAAAGAGGAGGCUGAGAAGCCUCGAGGCUUUGCAAGAGGGUUUGAACCAGAGCGGAUUAUUGGUGCCACAGACUCCAGUGGAGAGCUCAUGUUCCUGAUGAAAUGGAAGAACUCUGACGAAGCUGAUCUGGUCCCUGCCAAGGAAGCAAAUAUCAAGUGCCCGCAGGUGGUCAUCUCGUUCUAUGAGGAAAGGCUGACAUGGCACUCCUAUCCAUCAGAAGAUGAUGACAAGAAGGAUGAGAAGAACUAACCUGCCUCCCCUUCUGUCCCUAUCCUUCCUAUGGCCGACUUUUGUAUUAAAUCAUCAAACUGUGGGUUUGAACAUGAGUGAGAAAGUGAAGAGGCGGCUGUGGAAGAUGCUCUCUGUAGAAACCGGACAAUUUCUAUGCCCCUGACAACUAGGUGUGACAACACGCUGUCCCCUUUCUUAUCAUAUAUACAUGAGGAAAGAGGAGAGAAUUGGUGAGUUCCCAGCUGUUCUUUGCUUUUGGGGGGGGGGUGAAGCAAAAAUAACUAAAAAUAAUAGAGUUGGAACAGGCUGCCAAAAGGGAUAGCAGGCAGAGGCUGUGUGUUCUUCAGAGACCAUCUCUGUGAUCUACAGCCUUACUCCCCAAUAGUGUUAAUUGCAUUUUUACAGAUUAGCAUGCAUGUAGUUUUUCUUUCUUCCUUUUGCUAUUAUCGGUGUAUCGUUGGGGUGGGAAGGGAGGGUGCAUUCUGAUUGAUUUGGGGAGGGCCAGUUCAUGGUAUCUGUAUCCAGAAUUGCAAUUCUUACAAAAUACAUGCCUCCUGCUGCAAGUGGAAUUGAUGACUCCUGCAAGGCUGGAGCUUAUGUGUCUAAGUGUUAAAAGUUACAAUUUGAUUGCAACCAUGAAUACAGUCACCUUCCAGAAUUAUUACUGCGGGAAUUGGAAAGGAGGCAGCUUCUUCAUAUUUUGCCCUCUAGUCAUAGUGAGGGCACUCUGCCCCCAAACCAUGUGACAAUUUUUUUUAGUACCUCUGCAUCUUUUUUCUUCUAAUCAACCAGAAACUGAGGGUUUUUAGCCUCUCUCUCCCCCCCCCUCGCUGUAUGUAUGUGGCAUUUUAGACAUCCUUUUAAUUAAGGGGAAGGAAAGUAGGGGUGAAAUCUACCCCCUACAGCACAAGGUAGUAGUAGGUUUCAGAAUAUUCUGUAAACAACUAUCUUCUGUUCAGACUUGGGCAUUUAUGAUUGCUUCCCUUGCUCUAGUCCUACCCAUUUCAUUUUUAAGCUAAUGAUACUUUGUUCUUCCAAAGGACAAUUUUACCUCUGACAUUCAAACACCCCACAAGCCACUGACCCCCCCAUUCAUCCUUUGUGUGGGGGGGGUGUGGUAUGUACGUAGAAGUGUACAAACCUUUUUUAAAAAAAACAAAGCAUGGUUAGGUUUCUGUGAAAAUGUUGUCUAAAACUCAAGUGUUUGGAUUUUAACUUCAUACUGAACUGUCUUUUUGUCUCAAUAAAACUUUAGAUUUAUA